AUGGCCGAGCAGCGAGUAUUUACGCCUUCCGGCUCACGGGGCGCUGUUAGACGACACUUUCGCUCGAGCUCUCAGUCUCAGUCCCAGUCGCCAACCCACAAUUCGCUUCGUCCCAGUGACGACUUGCUUUCUCAGCUUACACCCCUCGCGGCAGUCGACGCUCUUCAGUCUCCUACAGGAGCUUUAAAACAAUGUAUGGACAGAGCUUCAGCCUCCGAGCAAGCCUUUGCGAUGAGAACGGCGACUGCCUCCCAGAAGAUACGCGAGUGGUACGAUGAGCUCUCCAGCUGGCCUUGGCCUAAGGACAGCUCUUCCGCCGGUUUUAAGAUGCCAUCUGGUAAGAAAAAGGACCCGUCCGACCCGAAGACGCCAGGAAAUGAUUCCAACGAUGAGUUGGAGGAAUCUGGCUUGCUUUUUGACGGAGGUUACCUUGGUAGUCUACCUGCCGCCGAUGUAGAUCGAUACGAGAAACGGGUCGAAAAGAUACGACGAGAUUUAGACGAGUUAGAUCUGGAGGAGAUUAAGAAUCAAGUUCUACAUAAUCAUAUCAUGCCGCUUUCACGACCUGGCACUCCUCUGUUCGAAGGCGACCGUUCUCUCACGUCCACUCUUAUGUUCUCGAAGAUGGAAGAUUUGACUGCGGUUGUUACCGCAAUCACCAUACAGGCCCUGCCUUGCCUAUCCAGACUGUCAAGACUGUUGAACAUGUGGGCGGUGCGGUUUGUCGUCCUGCGGAAAGUACCGUCUUUGCAUUUUAUGAUGGCGGAUGCCAAGAUGGCUUUGCGUUCUGGCUGGAGUGCCAUCGAGUCGGCUGAGUCGGGUGCUGCAAGCUCGACCGGACACGAUAACUCAAAAAAGAAGCCCCGGCGACUUACUAGAAAUGAGUUUGAAAUCAUAAAGGGCGUCAUACAGAAGAAGAUAAUGAAACCAGGCCAAGUCCUAGACUCUAUGCUUGAUUCUCUAGAAGGAUCAACGGAUACCUUACCGGAUGAGUGGUUGGACCGCAUGGAAGCAAUUGAGAAAGAUUAUGCUUCAUGGGAAGCAACUGCUGAACGAAAAGUUCGGGAGAACGAGACACCUGGCUCAUUUAAGGGAUCUCCAGCGCACGGGUCUCGUAUGGGGCCCGAAACUCCCCGACCGAAGAUCAAGGUCCAUGGCCCAAGUCCGACUAGGCUAGAGGAAUCCGAUGUCAGCCAGUUUGCCUCGCCUCCGAUGCCAUUCGAUCCCUCUCCGGCAAUUAGGCCUGGACGAAGGCCGAGCUUACCCAACCCCGAGCCGUCGAGAAGAAGAUCUACGAUUUCUUCCCGAAAAGACGGUGGGGUCAGACUUUUGACCGAGGAACGAAGCAAAAUCAUCCGGAGAUCGGCUUCGCAAACCUUUGAUCCAACAAGACAUGUAACAUCUCGGCGUGAUAUCGGCUCGGGAAGUAUGCUCAGGGGGCAGAGCUUCAGUUACGACGGUUCUCACGACAGACGACCUCCAAAAUUCGCAACGGCCAAGUCGACCGGUGCGCUGCCCAAUGCUGCACGUCUUCCUCAGGGUAGACAACCUCAAGGUCAAGCACAAGAUAAAUUUAAAAAUAAGCAGGGGGCAGGGGGCAAUCAAAUUAAUCCUGUGCUAGGUGAAGUUAAUCGCAACAUCAUUCGCAACCAUUCCCAGGAACCCAACAAACCCAAUGCAACUAAUGAGGGUGGAGCAACUUUACUUGAGGAUGAUUUUGAACUCUUGGAACCUUCGGUCCUAGAAGCAGUGAAUGAGGAACGAGAAGAGCCCGAUUUACCCCCAGCCCGGUUCGAAGAACGGAAAGGCAGCAUGGGGUCUGUCGCUUCUACUGUCAUCCAUGGUUCACCUAAUGGUGGCGUCUUUCUAGGUCACUCUGAUAAUGGAUCCUUCAGAGAGGGAUCUAUGGAGCCAGAUCUACCACGUUUACCGGACCCUGAUGAACCAUUUUCGAGUGAUGGUAUGAGUCCACCUAGCUCGCCACCCUUGCGGUACAAGACUCGAUCUACCUCUGUUACUUUUAAGGAUGUUCCUGAGGUCGCUCACUUGCCACAAGUUAGUAGCACUCCACCCCGGAGUCCCAUCGAGUCAUCUGGAAUCAUAGAUGGCGAUGGCUCGUUUGAAUACGAGAGCCAGUCCGGUAGUCCAGGCCGUAUGAGCACAUUCAGCUCUCUCAGCGAGGACGAACACCUUCAGCAACAGAUUAGCGAUCUCCUCCAGUCUAUCCCGGCUAAGAUCCGUCUUAAGAGGACACCCGGCGUUAAUCUGAAUCCGCCUGACUUUCAGUAUCCAUCACGGCCUAAACCCAGAUCUUCGGACGGUACACGCCGAAGCAACUCUGGACUAUCCUCACGUGGUGAAACUCCAUCCUUCUCUCGUAGUGGAACUCCUUCGUUCAUGUUGACUCCAGCGAGAGAACCUCGCCCAAGAUCAAAGAGCAGCCAGGGAAUUAGAGUCUACCACUUGUCACGAUCCACUGGCGAGCCCCCACUCAAGCUACUGGUCCGCAGUGUCGGGGAGAACGGAGAGAGGGUUAUGGUUCGAAUCGGUGGCGGCUGGGCCGACCUGGGUGAAUAUCUUCGGGAGUACGCGUUACAUCAUGGCUCACGAUCUAGGGGCGAAGGAAAGGUAGAUAUCAAGGAUCUACCAACUGCGCCCCCUACCACAGGGUCAAGUCCAGCAAGCCGACCUAGUUCUUCUAUGGGUUCUCCGGUUUCACCCCUUGCAAUCCGCAAGACUAGAAGGAGCGUGGGUUCCGAAGGGGCCCCAUUAAAAUUCCCAAAUACACCAUUCGCUAGUCUUCCAAAUGAUGCGGAAACUCCGGCUUCAGAAAUAUCAAAUAGGUCGCGCUCCUCGUCGCAUAUGGAAUGGGAUGAGGAGGAUAGCGCUCUAGGUCUGGCGGGUCCGAAAGGGAGACGCGUAGAUAUGAGUGAUGAAAGCCGAGCUUGGGUCGAGAGUGUGAAGGAGAAGGUCCGCAUCGCUAGUAACGAUCGCAUACCGCCUCCAGAGCAACGAAUAGACACGAAGUUCGGUGAAAUAAACAAAGUCGGGGGUACUAAACGGUUGUUCAGGAAGCACUAG